UCAAAACACUCAUAACCUCAAAAUUUUAUUUACGCGAUGACUGCAGACUUAAUAGUAGAUCCCCAAAUCAGGUUUUGGGUGUUUUUGCCCAUUGUAGUGAUAACAUUCUUGGUAGGAAUAUUACGGCACUAUGUGUCCAUUUUACUUACGUCACAGAAGAAAGUGGAAAUCCAGCAAUUGAUGGACAGCCAAAUCCUCUUGAGGGCCAGACUGUUGAGGGAGAAUUGCAAAUAUUUACCGAAGAAUGCGUUCUUAAAUCGCCGUCACGCGUUCAACAAGGAGGAAGACGGUUACCUCACUCAGAAAAGGCCGCCAGUCACUCAGAAUAUGAUGACCGAUCCAGCUAUGAUGAGUGACAUGUUGAAAGGCAAUCUGACCAACGUGUUACCCAUGAUAAUUGUCGGCGGUUGGAUUAACUGGGUGUUCUCCGGGUUUAUCACGACUAAAGUGCCUUUUCCUCUGACGCUACGUUUCAAAUCCAUGUUGCAAAGAGGAAUUGAAUUGUCCCAUCUUGAUGCUUCAUGGGUGUCAUCUGCGUCUUGGUAUUUCUUAAACGUCUUCGGUUUGAGGAGUAUUUAUGCCUUGGUGCUGGGAGAAAACAAUGCUGCUGACCAAAGCCGACAGAUGCAGGACCAAAUGUCUGGGGCAGCAAUGGCAAUGCCACCAGAUCCAAAGGUUGCCUUUAAAGCAGAGUGGGAAGCCCUUGAAAUCAUUGAUCAUCAGUGGUGUUUAAGUGAUGCUGAAGGGGAUUUAGUUAAAAGUAUUACUGAUAGUAAUUUGUAGAUAAUUUAGAACUUACUGUUGUCAUUCACUUUAUACAAUUACAUAAAACCAGUCAUUUAAGAUUAUAGAACACUUAGGUAUGUGAGUUACAAAAUUGUGGUUUGUAUUUAUUAUAAUAAAUUAUUGUCUACA